AUGGUGGUAGCUGUGGAUUACUUCACAAAGUGGAUUGAAGCUAAGCCACUGGCAUGCAUAUCUGGGAGGCACAUGAUAAAAUUCAUUUGGAAAAACAUCAUGACAAGAUUUAUAACACCUAAGGUUCUCAUCAACGACAAUGGUUUGCAAUUCGCUGAGAAACCAUUCAGAGAAUGGUGCACUGCCAAAGGGAUAAGCCAACGCUUCACAUCAGUGGCACACCCUCAAGAGAACGGUCAAACGGAGGUGUCCAACCGACCCAUUGUCAAUGGGAUCAAAAGGAGGUUAAGCAAAGAAAAAGGGAAUUGGGCAGAGGAGAUACCAAUGGUGCUAUGGUCAUACAGGACUACACCACGGGAAAGCACAAGGGAAACCCCUUUCAGCUUGACAUAUGGGACCGAAGCCAUGCUCCCCAUGGAAGUGGUAGUGAAUACGCCAAGGGUGGCCAACCAAGAUGAGGAAAGCAACACACAAGACCUGAGGAUAAACUUAGAUAUCCUAGAGGAGAAACGUGAAGAGUCGGGAGUACGCCAAGCUGUGUAUAAACAUGCAACAGAAAGGUAUUACAACCAAAGGGUAAAGGAGAAGGCCUUCAAAGUGGGAGAGUAUGUCUUGAGGAAAAAUGAGGCCAGUCGGGCACAACCCCAGGGAAAGCUGGGCCCAACGUGGGAAGGCCCAUACAAGGUCACAGAGGCAAACAAGAAUGGGGCAUACGUGUUAGAGACGAUGGAAGGAAGGCCCAUUCCAAGAACAUGGAAUGCUAGGAACCUAAAGAAAUAUUUUUUCUAA